AGCGGUCCAACGAAAAUGAAUGAAAAUGAAUAAAGACUAUACGCGUUUUUUUUUUAUUCGUAGCGCGAGCGGCAAGAACUCAUUUUCCUGAGAACAAGCUCGAUAAACUUUUUUUCAAAAUCUUACAAAAUUCCUUGGCCUUCGCUGCUUAGAAGACUGAGAAAUAGUGGUUGUUUAUUUCAUCUGUAGUUGUCUCCGCACCUGACCUCAUCGGAUCGAUAAGAUAAAAGUACGUACUGAGUAAAGCGCUUUCAAUUUCAUCAUCCCUUCUUGCGCUUUUUUACCGAUGAAGCAAGAUGACGAAUCUUCAUCGGAUAGUUACAUGUUUACGCCCGAGGAGGAGAAGAAAAAACCUCCACCAAUUGCAGCCAAAAAUCAACACAACGCAAACAGUGGCACGAUCAAGAACCGGCCCGACGAGCAGGGUCCUCGUCGCGCCGGAGCUGCACCUCUCGAUGCGCCGGGGAGCACAACGACGGGCAGGAAAAAUGCAGCGAGACCGCCGGUCGUGGGUGAAGAUCAAGAUGUCAUUGGCCGGCGACACGGGACAAGGAAGAGAUCCCGAUCUCUCUCCUCCCAGGACAGUUCCUCUUCUCGACGUCUCAAGCAGGCUGCGACAAAUUUUGGCACGACCGACAGAAGCAAGCCCUCGAAGAAGGAGCGCAAUAUUGAAGCGGGGGCAUCAUCAAGAAGGUCAAGAUCACGACAGGAAGGUCAAGACGGCAAGCUUGCAAGAAUCCGCGGAGACAAAACCGCCGCAAGCAGCAGCAGCGGUCCCGAGCUGGAGUUCGUAGACGAUCUUCCCCCGACGACCUCGACAUCCGGCGGAGAUCUAUCAAAUGUAAAAAUGUCUGGGUCUGGAAGAAUGCAAGAUUUGUGAUGCAGGUUUUCCAUGACCCAUGAGGCCUGGCAUGCAGCACCUAGCAUGAGAGAUGCUGUGAGAUGUCUAUCAUGCCUAUCCUGCAUGAGAAACUACCUGUCAACCUGGUCAAAAGCUGACAUCUUUUGGUAAUCAUGCAACACAAAUUUUUGCAUCAUCCAGACUCAGCAUGACAUUCCAGACCCAGACACUUUUGCAAUUCAUAAGAUCAUACCAAUGUCGAUUUGAACCUCCAGCACGAAAAAUGGCUCGACAAGCACCGGUAUUACCUGUACCGGCGCCCAACCGAUGUGACUCUGCGUAGAUUGAAGGAGGUAGAACAGAGAACUUCUGGCACUUCAAUUAUUGCUCAAGGUAGGUGCGAUGCGGGUGCCGGACCACCAGUAUCCAAAAUAAAUGCCGCCUCCUCUUCUUCGUCAGCCGCGUCUAGUACUUCUAGACAACGCGGAACAAUAAAUUUGAACAAUCUGAGCGGGGGCAACAAGAACGCAGGCAAUAAUCGAGCAGGGCUUCUGCACACCUCCCGGCUCACGGUUCAUCUCAGCGACCCCAAAUACCAGUUUUCGCGGAAACUCCCCCACUGGGACCACAAAUACGAGAAACUGCCCCGCAAAAGCGACGAGAAAACCAUCCAGCCCAUCGGGCAGGGGGCCUACGGCAAGGUGUAUAAGGCGAAAAACAUACUCACAUGAAAACACCCAUCCCUAGCCAAUUUGUCAUGCAAAACAUGCAUAAAGUCCACUGUUUGUCAUGCAAAAAAUGGAUGGGAGUGGAUGUUUUUUCCUGGAUAAAACAAGCAGACGGGGCAGAUUGUCGCCGCUAAGGUAACCACAAAAAUGUCCGACGAGGAGGGGGGCGUGCACCUGGCGUUCCUGCGCGAGGUGCACACGUUGCGGCUGCUGGAAAAGUGCGAUUCCAUCGUGAAACUGAUCGAAUUGGCCGUUACCAGCAAAGGCGACCCCGUGAUCGUGCUGGAAUAUUGUCACGCGUCCUUGACGCAGUUGCUACAGUCCGAGAAAUAUCAAAUGCAAAUAUGUAUAUGUCUGGGUCUGGAAGGAUGCAACUUGUGAUGCUACCUUUGGACUCUACAUAGGAUCUGUAUUGCAUGAACAGCAAAAGAGGCGCAAUUUGUGCCACGCGGAGAGGGCAUUUCUCAUGCGGUAUGAGCAUCAGAAAUCCCUCGCAACAUCUCUGGUGCUAGGGCAUGCAUCACAGACCUCCUGGGCCAUGCAAAAUCUGAAUGACAAACUCCUGCAUUCUUCCAGACCCAGACAUUUUUGCAAUCCAUAAGAAGCACCCGCUGACCAUGGCAAACAUCAAAUACUUGAUGCAACAGGUACUGCAGGGAGUGGACUACAUGCACCAAAUCGGGAUGCUGCACCGGGAUUUGGCCACGAAAAAUAUUCUGUUCAACAUCAGCGGGGAGAUUAAGGUACUGAUUUGUAGCUCUACGUAAUAUCGAAAUAGAUUCCAAAAUUUUUUCUCGAUCAUUACAACUACGAACUAGUACAGGUCCACGACUUUAUUUCAUUGAUGUGAUCAUCCGUAAAACAAGUCGUGAUCGAUGGCAGCAAGCCCGCUCUUUGAGCAUUUUUACCUUUUUCAUCAUUUUCAGGUGUGUGAUUUCGGUCUUUCCCGCGUCGCUUUUGGGGAAGAAGAAGAUCAAAACGGCACGAAAAAACUGGUUCUCGCCAGCAACCUGGAGCCGCCGCAGUUUAUCGUGACCAUUCUGUACCGGAGCAUUGAGCUGUUACUCGGGGAGCAGAAAUACGGCCCCGCGCUGGACAUCUGGGGCGUGGGGUGCAUCCUGGCGGAGAUUUUAAUUUUCAAGGGGGGCGUUUCCAAGAAGCCGUUCUUCUACGACCAAACGUUGGGCAACAACGUCACCGAGCAAACCGUGUCGGCGUACAUUUUAACCUUACUCGGGAAACCGACCAGAACCUCAUGGCCGGACUACGAGAAGUUGUUGCGCCAGAUCAACUUCGAGAAUUUCGAGGCGCAAGUGCGGAAAGCCCGGCCGCACCAGGAUCGAUUCGUGCUGAACGAACGGACGAAGUAUGCAUUGCAAAUAUGUCUGGGUCUGGAAGAUUGCAACUUGUCAUGCUAAAUCCGAAUCGUGCAAAAACUUGUGCUGCAUGGGUGCCAAAAGCUGCCCACUUUCGACCAACUUGGAAGAGAAUUUCUCAUGCAGGAGAGGCAUGACAGAGACCUCACAGAGUCUGUCAUGCUAGGUCCCGCAUUCCCGACCGCAUGGGUCAAGGAAAAUCUGCAUGACAAGUCUCGGAAUCUUCCAGCAGACCCAGACAUAUUUGCACUUGAUAAGAUGAUGUUGAUGCAGCAGAGAAGUGGGCAGCAGGAGAAUAAUAAAUCCGCCAACAGAAAUUCUGCCUUUGACCGGAAUAGCAGAACUACACAAGGUACUAGUUCCUCGGUAGUUGCUGGCGUAGCAUCAAAUCCAAACUCUUUUUUCAAUAACGAAGCCUUGGAGUUGAAGGCUUUGUUUACCACAGGCAGUUAUGAAUUGCAAAUGUGUCUCUGUCUGGAAGAAUCCAAACUUGUCAUGCAAACUCUGGAUUACGCAAGAACUUGUGUUGCAUGAAAGCCAAAAGCCGUCCACUUUUUGCUAUGCCAAUAGCAAGUUUCUCUCAUGCAGAAUAGGCAUUUUCAGUAGACCUGAACCAAACUUGUAAUGGUCUUGCGCGCAUUCCAGAGCAUAUGUGUGAUGCAAAAGAUGCAUGACCACUUCCAGACCCAGACAUAUUUGCAUUUGAUAGCAGUUGCAAGCAGGUCCGGAACCAGCUGUACAUCAAAGAUUCCCUGUUCCAGUUUCUGGGCGGCUUGCUCUAUCCUGUGCAAAAGUGUCGUACUCGUACAAAUGCAAGUCUUGCAUUACAAGUCUUGUUUCCAAGGCAAAUCAGCAUUACAAUUUUUUUUUCUCAUGCUGAGGAAAUUUGUAUUGCAUUUAGUAUACGAGUACGAUAUUUUUCCAGUUCAUAUGCUCAACCUGGACCCGAAAUUCCGGCUGACCUCUCAGGAGGCGCUCCAGCACUUUUACUUCACCGAAACGCCGGUGCCACAGUGGGACGCCGGGUAUCAAAUGUAAAAAUGUCUGGGUCUGGAAGAUUCUGAGAUUUGUCAUGCAGUUUUUCCAAGCUCCGCCAAGUCUCGAAUGCAGGGCCUAGCAUCACAGGUUCUGCAGCCCCUUGGUGAUGCCUAUUCUGCAUGACAAAUGCCCCCUCGGCAUGGCUAGAAAUGGGGACCUUUUGCAAGUCAUGCAACACAGAUUUUUGUAUGAUCCGCAACACGCAUCACAAGUUCGCAUCCUUCCAGACCCAGACAUUUUUACAUUUGAUACCGGGCGGUUCGCGACGACCGUGGACGUGGUGACGGGUGCGUUGGAGACUUCGAAGGAAGAGAAAGAGCGACGGCUGUUGGUCAAAAUGCUGGAGGAAAGCGAAAAGAAGAACAUUGCGGCAGGAGGAAGUGGUAGAGCGCCAACAACGAGCAGCAGGGGUGGAAGUGGUGCCACAGGAGCAGGGAACAUCAACAGUAACGCGAAAAUUAUGUCAAGAAGUGGCGCACCAGCUGGCGGUUCCGCGGCUGUUAAUACUACCGCAGGUACGAGUAGUUCCGGCCGGUCCGGAGCUCUUGCGGCUGCUUCGUCUUCUGCUGCGCACCCACAUCCGGCAGCACCCGGGACGACUACUUUAAGCGCCGGAGUAGAUCAGGACCAAUGGCUCUCUCGCGCAGGGAAGAGACUGCCGCCGAACUGGCAGAAGCGAGUGUCUAAAACGAACCAGAAAAUCUACUAUGCAAAUCUGAAAACUUUGGCGACACAGUGGCACACGCCCACGACCGGGUAGGAAAAAAAUACACUUUUUUUAUUUCGCGGAUCAACGCCGACGGACUCUUUGAUAGAUAUCACUGAUUCAUGGCUAUUGGUCACUCGAAGAACUCUGGGAAUUGUUGAAAUGUAAGCACAGCGACACGCGAAUUUCUUUUAACUUGCAAGAGUCACAACUACUCACCAGGAGCAAUUAUCAAUACACGAAGUAUUAGAUCAUGCUGCAAGUCAACUACACUUGCGUACACGCAUGGCAUACCAUGCUUGGCAGCAUCUUUUCUUUCGGGCCGCG